AUGGCGGGCAUCCGCUACGAGGGCAUCCUCUGUGACAUCAACACGGACGACUCCACCGUCGUCUUGGCGAAAGGUUACGCACUGGGGGGCGACUCGCUCGGGCAGCAGCAGCAGGAGGAGGCCUUGGGGCUGGGGAAAGUUUGCCAGGAGGAGGUGAACGUGUCGGCGACGUUGUCGCCUUCUGGACAGAUUGUGCGCUUGCGCGGGACGGAGGGGCGCCCCGCCGACCGUCCCAUCGCCCCUCGUGAGGAGGUCUUCGAAUACAUCGUCUUUCGCGUCAGCGAGAUCAAGGACUUGACCCCGUGCGAGUACAUGCUGUCCGCUCUGCACCACGACGUGGCCAUGGUGCAGUCCUCGCCGGGCACCCCGGGGGGGGCCGCCGCUCGCUGCCACACGUGCGGUAUCGGAGCGGCGGCGAGCUGCCACUCCGCGCCGGGCACGCCGACCGGACCCCCCCGCGGUGCCACGGGCGGCCACCCGGGCCACGCGCGGCACGACGCCUGGGCCACAGCGGUCGGGCACCGUCCCUUCGUGCAGCCUGCGUACGGAGGAGCUGCGGGUGGAGACCUCUUGGAUCAUCGUGCCUCCGACUCCCGCAGCUUCCGUGCGACACCCUUCGCGUGCGAGCCGAAGGGCGACGCGAAGCGGCGCUUCUACGGAGAGGAACAGCAGCAGCAGGAGCACAGCGCCCUCGACUGGCAGGUUAUCCAGGUUAACUCGUCCGUCUUCAGGCCAAAGCCGGGGUCUGCUUCUGAUAAGAUCGACCGCGUGACGCUGUGCGGGCAACGGGGAGCGCUGCAGAACACGUCGAUGAUGCGCGUGCGCGACACCAAGAUAUUCUUGGUGUCGGCGUACCACGACCAGCGCGAGGCCGGUCAGAGCACACGCAUCAUCGGCAUCGCCAACCGGUAUGAGCCGGACGUGCUCUCCUGCCACUUCUGCUGCCGAGGGCACUCGGAGAUCCUGACGGUCACCGCCAGCGCCUACGUCCACUCGGAUCACUUUGACUUCCCGUACGGCACGGCCGACUUCCUGUGCACGGAGCCGCUGGACUGCGAGCCGGGACACGUGUCCGUCCAGCGCAUGCGCACAAUACCGGACGAGGAGGAGGCCGAGUGGGUCUUCAUGCCCGUGCGAAAUCGGCUCUACAUGCCCCCCACCUUCACACAGGAAUUCAGCGUCUGCAUCUCCACGCUCUUCGGGAACUACGGCAACGUCCUGCAGUUCGUGCAGGCGAUCGAAAUGUACCGCAUCUUGGGUGCGGGCCGCGUGACGGUGUACAACACAAGCUGCAGCUCUGAGCUGAACAAAGUGCUCCUCUACUACAUCAAGACCGGCCUCGUCGAGGUCGUUCAGUGGCCCAUCACGGACUACGUGCGGGUGUCCAGAGGGUGGCACUACCCCGAGCACCCAGGCGAGCUGCACUACUAUGGCCAGAUAGCGGCGCUGAACGACUGCGUGUAUCGGCACAUGUACAGCACGCGCUACCUGGUCCUCACGGACAUCGACGAAGUGAUCAUCCCUUUGAAGCACACAAACUUGAAGGACCUCAUGCGGUACUUGAACGACAAGUACGGCGCCGACAUUUACACAUUCGAAAACCACGUGUUUCCCUACAAGGUAUCGGAAGAGUUUGGGUCGAAGUUCCAGGCGUGGAACGCCAUCCCGGGCGUCAACAUCAUGCGCCACAUUAGACAGGAGCCAAACCUGCCGGAGGUCUUCAACCCGACCAAGAUGAUCCUGAACCCACGCGCGGUGCUGCAGACGUCGGUGCACAGUACGCUCAACGCGCUGGGCAUCUCGCAGAUGGUGCCCGGAGACAUCGCGAUCAUGCACCACUACCGAUCGCCCAAGCAGCCCGACCUGCCGCUCGACUCGCUGGCCGUGGACCUCACGCUGUGGAGAUACAAUGCCACUCUGAUCAGAAAUGUCAACAAGGUCCUCAACAGGGUCUUCUGGAAUGAGUAGGCACAACGGGCGGCGGUGGCGGCGGCGUUGAUUGUCGUCUUGCGUUUUUUGCGGUCUUGCAAUUUAAGUUAAACACCGGUGUUUGU